ACCAAAAAGAGAAGAAAUAAUGGCCGCAACAAGAAGGGCCGUGGUCACGUUGGGUUCAUGCGCUGCUCCAACUGCUCGCGAGCCGUCCCCAAGGACAAGGCCAUCAAGCGAUUCACCGUGAGGAACAUGGUUGAGAGUGCCGCCGUUCGGGAUAUCAGCGACGCGAGCGUCUACCCUGAAUACGUUGUCCCCAAGUUGUACCUAAAAAUCGCAUACUGCGUCUCGUGCGCCAUCCAUUCGCACGUCGUCCGUGUCCGCUCGCGCGAGGGCCGCCGUAACCGUGCCCCCCCUCCCCGUGUCCGAUGGAAGGAUGGCAAGAAGGUGAACCCUGCCGUGGUGGCUGCUGAGGAGGCUAAG